AUGCCCAUCGAUUACAGUAAAUGGAACAAAAUUGAAAUUUCGGAUGACGAAGAUGACACGCAUCCAAACAUUCACACUCCCUCACUUUUCAAGUGGCGGCAUGAAGCGCGAGUCCAGCGAAUGGAAGAAAUGGCCAAAGAAAAAGAACAAAUUUCAGAAUCGAAAAAAGACGCGGAGCGAGCGCUCGCCGAAGCGAAGAAAAAAGGGUUGACAGACGCUGAGCUAGAGAAACAAGUCGAAGAGUGGAAAAUCAAAGAACGCGAGUUCGAAAAGAAGGAAAAGUCGCAACCCCUGAAUGUGGAUACUAUUGGAACUGUCGCUCAGUCCAGCUCAAGAAUCAACAAAGCCAAAACAGAGCUAGAAAUCAAAUCGGAGGAAGAGCUGAUGAGCGAUUAUCAAAGAUUCACAAAGAAAUGGGAGGCGGAAAUCAAGAAGUUUGGAAUGUUCAAAAGACUCGAGGACUCCCAGCAAUAUCUCAGCGAAAACACCUACCUGGUCAACGAGCAUACAGCUUCCUUUCUCUGUAUUUACUGUAUCGACCUGUGCGUCGAAGAAAAGAUGAGUUUGAUGAACCAAGUUUCGCAUCAAGCAGUCAUUCUUCAAUUCAUUCUAGAGCUCGCCAAAACCCACAAAAUCGACCCAAGAGGCUGUUUCCGACAAUUCUUCGACAAAUACCGCAAAAAUGAAAAUCCAGAAUACCAGAAAGCAUUCGACGACGAACUUGCCGCCUUCCGCGAACGAGUAAAAGGCCGCGCUCAAGCUAGAAUCGACGCGUAUUUGGAAGAGCAGAAGCAAGAAGAAGAAUCAGAAAGGCAAAAACGAAUUGAAGCAUCUCCUGGAGGAGUUGAUCCUCAGGAAGUCUUUGAGUCGCUCCCAGAAGCCUGGCAAAAGUGCUUUGAAACGCAAGACAUUCCCAUGCUGCAAAAAGUGGUCUCGGAGACAGAUCCCAAAGUCGCGUCAGAGCUUCUCGACAAAUGCAUAAAGAGCGGUCUCUGGGUUCCCGGGCCAGAUGAAAAAGGAGAUGAAUCGCCUGCCAGUGCCGCCGCUGCCGAAAACACUAAGCCAUCAACGACCUCAAUAGAGGAACAGGAUUAA